UAUAAAAUGGAACGCCAUGUCUUCCUCAACCUUGAAGCAUUAAUGCGACAACGUGGUUGGUUGGAAGAUAGUCGAUAUUUAAGAGUGGAUGAGCAGUUGGCAAUGUUUAUAUCUAUUGUUGGUCACAAUGAUAGGUAUAGAGACAUAGCAGAACACUUUCAGCGUUCUCUUAACACAAUAGGUGAACACUUUAAGAAAGUGUUACGUGCUUUCAUACUACUCGGACAAGAGAAUAUCAAACCUCCAAACUUUAGUCGUUGCCCUAAACAGAUUCUUGAAAAACCAAAGCUCUAUCCUUUCUUCAAGGACUGCAUUGGCGCGAUUGAUGGCACUCAUGUUAGUGCUUCUGUACCUCUAUCCAAACAAAUACCGUACAGAGGAAGGAAAGGAGAUACAACAUGGAAUGUUAUGUGUGCAUGUGACCUUGACAUGAAAUUCACUUUUGUGUACGCUGGUUGGGAGGGUUCUGCAAAUGAUUGUCGAGUAUUCAAUGAGGCAUUGAAUAACCCUAAAUUUGAAUUUCCUCAUCCUCCACCUGGUAAAUAUUAUGUGGUUGAUUCUGGUUAUCCAUCUACUACUGGGUUCUUGACGCCGUUCAAAGGACAAAGAUACCAUCUAAAUGAUUAUAGGAAUAGACGUCCAAGGACAGCAGUAGAGCUAUUUAAUAAUAGACACUCUUCUGUUAGGAAUGUCAUAGAGCGCAGUUUUGGUUCUUUGAAGAAGCGCUUUCCAAUUCUCAGCAAAAUGCCAUGUUUUCCACUGAACACCCAAACAUGCAUCGUCAUUGCUUGUUGUGCACUUCACAACUUCAUUCGGGAGGAAGAAAUUGCAGACAAGAAUUUUAAGGAGUUUGGUGAAAAUUUGUGGAAUGAGGAGCCUGAAGAAAUUCAAGAUUAUGUACCACCGGCUCACAUUAGUAUAAGCUUAGCAGAAAGAAGAAGACAGAUGGAUGAUCUCAGGAAAAAGAUUGCAAAUGAGUGCAUCAGUUAA